GCUUCCAGAAUGACUCCAAGGAACCAGCCUUUACAUCGCAGCACGGAGGGGGGGACACUGCAGCAGGUCAAAGGAAAUGUUAUUUAACGAUGGCUCCAAUCUCCUCCCACUUGCCUAUGUGGCUGGGAAAACGAGAGACGCAGAUCUGGAGUGAAGGAAUUAACCAAGGAGGACUACCGCCAAGAGCCAAGCCAGCCGGUGACAGCAAAGGCUGCAGACUGCUGCUGGAUUCAGGCAGGAAGGGAAGCAGAGAGAGAAAUUCAGUCAGACCCCUUGGAGAGGAAGGAGACUAUUUUCAGUAGACUGCUGCAGGUGGCAGGUUCCCUGAGGCACAGUUCUGGCACCAGCUUGAUCCGCUGAAAAGAAUAUUUCAGGCUGUGAUCGCCUGCUGUGAAGCCCAGACUUAGAAGCUGGACAGACACAGAGCUUUCUGACGACUGGUUCUUGCAGCCAGGAGUGGAUUCACGGAUCUUUGCGUUUCCAUCCGGCGUUCGGAAACUAUUUGGGCUUAUCCUCUCCGGCAAGCGCAGUUUCUAAACCACUGGGACAACUCCCGUUGUGGUCCUCGCGUGGAACUGUGCCAACGCUCACGGGUAAGCUAAUCAGACAUUUAGACGCUGAAGGAGCACGAGGAGGAGAAACGACUGCUUUGGGGAGAAACUUGCACAUUUCUUACAACUUCUGCUGUUACCCCAAGAAGAGGUGGGGGCUAGUGGAUAUCUGUCAUUAACUGCCAGCUUUGUCUGAGGCCCUCGGAACUGGUUAAAACAUGUACAGCAGCUCCUGAGGAAAGACCAUUCUGAAUACAAAUGACACCCCAGUGAAAACAGGAGGCAGCGUUGCUUUUUUUAGAAACCGGGGGGAGAACAAGGUAUCGAACCAGGUGCUGCUCAUCUUCACUGAUCCAUCCAGGUUCUCGUACUGUGACCGUGGGGGAAACUUCUUCAAAGAUUCUGGAUUGUGCCACAUGACUAAUACAAAAGAUCCUGAGAGAGCCAUGGAUACUUCACCAACGACCUCCAACUCUGCUGCAGGCCCUGUUACCUUCUCACAGGUCUUUGGGCAGCAAUGUCAACUGAUGGAGGCAGCUGUGCAGUCAUUGCAUACCCUAAAUGACCAGAUCUCGCAUUUUAUCGUGAACAAGUCAAAAAUGCUGGAUGAGGAUGAAGAUACUUUCUUGCCCAAUGAAAAAGAGUCUUUGAAAAACUCCAUGUUGUUGAUGAGACACCUCUUAAUAGAUGCACAGGUAGGAAAUCAAUAAGCUUGAAUCCAUUAAGACACCUGGAAAUGCACAUUUUACAGAGCCAAAGAUUGUGCCUUGUUUUUAUAGCAGGUUUAAGCUAUGAAAAUCCAUUAGCUCCCUA